AUGGGGAGAGCCAAAUUCAGAGAAAGCGAAAGAGAUGCCGGCGAAUGCCGCCUCUUCGUCGAAAACCUCCAAGGAGCAGCACUCGAAUGCAUGUCCCAGGGAGAGGACGAACCUCUCCGCGACUUCAUAAAACGGUUUAAGAUUGUCAUGGCUAGAGUCAGCGGAAUAAGAGACAAAGUAGCAAUAGACGCACUCCGAAAGACGCUCUGGUACAAGUCAAAAUUUAGGAAGUGGAUAACCUUGGAUAAGCCGCAUACGAUUCAGGAUGCGUUCCAGAAAGCCAAGGACUACAUAAUCAUUGAAGAAGAGACGAAAGAUCCCGGGUCGGAUCAGAAACGUAAAAGAAGAAACCCUUGUAACGACAAAAACGUCCAUCAUGGGGUGGAAGAGACCCAGGGAGCGCAUAACUACACCAUCAGCUCCGGACCGGAGCAAGGCUGGACGACGGGUAAUACAUGGACCCGUAAUCCAAAUUACGACGAGAAUGCCUUCUGCGACUUUCACCAGGCCCGCGACCACUUGACCAUAAACUGCAAGGUCCUUGGUACCAUGUUGGCCAAAAAGCUGCUCGCGGGAGAACUCGCCGAAGUAUCUAGCGUAAAAGACCUCGUCCGUGAUUCAGACCGCCCUCCGAGAAACGAUAAGGCCCCUCAAACAGAGAACUCUAUCCAAGGGAACCAAUCGGGAGAAAAGCGCGGGAGAAGACAGGACGAGAAGGGCAACGACAAUAGUCACCGCUUGGUCAACAUGAUCAUCGGAGGAUCGCAGUACUGCAGCGAUACCAUCUCUGCAUCAAAGCUUAUGAGCACAAGGCUGAGACGAGCGCAAAUUCGCUAA